AUGGUUAGAGUUCAAACCUCUGGAGAAUCUAAAUUCACAGCUGCUGGUUUUUUCAUUUCCCCAUUACAUGUGAUCACUUCUUCUCAAUGUUUGCUAGAAGCCAAAAUUAGAAGUAUUGACGAUAAAACUGUAGAAUCGGUCAAAUGGCUUCUCGACUCCCAAAAGGCUGAUCGGAAUACAUGUGACGAGACAACAAAGGUCCCAAACAAAUAUCGAAGAGAACUUCGAGUUUUCUGGAAUACAACAAUAAUUCAACAAAACGACAAAGUAUAUUCAUAUGGAUUUUCUCAUGAUAAUAAUGAUGUUACAUUUGUUAAUACGAAGACUACGAUAAAAGAAAUCGAUCAAGGUAGUAUUAAUGUAGAAAAAACGUAUAGAAAAGGAAAUCGUGGAGGACCACUGAUCAAGAAUGAAACUCUCAGAGGAGCAAUUGCGAUUGGAAUCGAUGGAACAAGUGGGUUCGAUGAUAAGGCUAGAAACGCCUAUCACACUGAUAUACGAAGCCUCCAAAAAAGAAUUUGUGAACUUACAAGAGUGUGUUCUGAAAGUGUUUCGACCGAGCCAACCACCACUGUGACACCAUCAACAAUAAAUCUUCCGAGAGGUCCGACGUCGUCUGAAGGGGUAACGAAUUCUGGAGGAGUAACUCAGAAAAGGACAACCGAACAAUAUGAGGAGUAUGAGGAGAAUCCAGAUAGCGAAGAAGGAUACAACAGUGAAAGGAAUUGGUCGGCUCGUGGACACUUGGUGUCAGCAGCAGAAUCGAAGAUGAUAAAAUUGAUAAUUCUAGUUUUGAUGUUGUUCCUAUGA